GUCAUUGCCUGUCAAUGGCAUUCUGAAAAUCAAUGUUUAUUUAUGAUUGUGAUCAUUUGUGAUGUGAUAAUUGUGGCGUAGUAUUGAUAAUUUUCUGGAAUUCUAGCUGAUUGAGGAAUUGUUUUGUUAUAAAAUCAAGAACACCAAGGAAGAUGUGCUUUCAUGCGAUUCUAAAAUGUCUCGCCAUGGCUACAGUGUUUGUUGUUUAUGGGACAUCAAAAAGUGUAGAAGGAACUAAGUGCUUGUGACCUUACUCAUCCGACAUCCAACUAAAAAACCUCUUCCAUCGUCUCAAUGGCCACCUGUUUGAAAAGGGACUCUUCGCGCCGUAGAAUUGCCGCAAUUUCAUUUUUGUCUAACAUUUCCCUUGAUGGCACUUAUCGAGACACCAGACUGGUUCCAUCAUCUCGAAACGGGGCAUUAACGAAAAUUCCAGUAUCAUGUAUCACCCCAGUACUUAAAGAAGAAUCUGACGGUUCAGAUUCCUACAAUAGUCAGUUGGAGCAAAAAAUUGUACUUGAACCUUUGACUUCAAUCUCAAAGAAAAAACGCAUAAGGAAAAAUAAACCCAGUAGCAGUGAUUCAGAAUCUGAAAAUGCUCAGAAAAGAAGUACUGAGGAAUUUUCUCAUAGAUAUAGGUCUCUCAGAGAUAGGGAUGAGCCUGAUUCCAGUCAUAAAAUUGGUUCCAGAUUUUCCAAGAAGCUUCCUCAUCAGAUCUCAAUAUGUAGUGAAUAUGAGAAAAGAAAUUAUAGUAGCAGUGAGAGCCUUGAUCCUGUUGUUUACAGGAAUAAAUCUGUUGAUAAAAAUAAGAGAAUCAAAGUGAUAAAACCAAUGAGAGAUACAAAGUUCUCAGGGGAAAGAAUUGUAUUUGUCACUCCCAGGCACAGUCCUUUCAUGGUCUGUUCUUUCAUUCCAUACAAAAGGUCAGCUCUAAAAAGGGAAGGUCACAGAAAAAGAACUACUUCAGGAAAUAGGCCUUUGUCUUCAAGUGCUGAUGGUUUUGACCCAUUUGUUUCAUUAGGCAUUGAAAGAGGUCAUGAUGGACAGGAAGAUUCAUAUGGUUAUCUAUUGGAACCAACAAAAACACUCAAGGAUGUGACAAAAAGAAACACAAUUGAUGAUCCCACUGAUCAUUCACAUCAAUCACAUGAAUCAAAGAGAUAUCCCCAUGUUGCCAGGACAAAAGUUUUUACUUGGCAACCAAAAAUGAAAUGGUGUUAUUCUUAUGACCAUGGUACUCAAAGAACAACUUCCCACAUAAUCACGACACCUAUGCCAUCAGAUGGUAAGGAAGAUAAUGUUGUGAAAAAUUACAUCUACCAUCCUGCUCUGUUAGACGAUCCUGAGCUUAUAGUCGGAAAACACAGAACACUGUUGACGUUCACAUCCUACAUGACAUCUGUCAUCGACUACGUCAAACCGUCUGACGUGAAGAGAGAGAUCAAUGAGAAGUUUAGAACAAAGUUCCCUCAUAUACAGCUCACUCUCAGUAAAUUAAGAAGUAUAAAACGGGAGAUGAGAAAAAUAGCUAAACAAGAAUGCAGUAUCGACUUGGUAACGGUAGCGCAGUCCUACGUCUACUUUGAGAAGCUGAUCCUGAAGGGUCUCAUAAACAAACUCAAUCGUAAGCUAUGUGCGGGCGCCAGCCUCAUUCUUUCUGCCAAAUUGAAUGACGUCAAGGGUGAUUGCCUGAAAUUGCUCAUCGAAAAAACGGAAACGAUGUUCAGAUUGAAUCGCAAAGAACUGAUGAGCACCGAGUUCGCCGUUCUUGUAGCUCUGGAAUUCAGCCUCCAUGUGCCCUACUGGGAGGUGUUCCCCCACUAUCAGAGGUUGUUGUACGAAUCAUGAUUCGGAAUUUUCCUUUACAAGGUGAAUCCUGACAACAUAAAAUAUUCUAAAGUGUGUUUCAUUCGAGAUAGAAUCGGUUAAAAUAUAAGAUU